CGCGCGCCGGGAACCUCGCGGGGCGGGCGGGCGCGGCACCCCCUGCCUGGCCGCCUGCGCCCCGGGGAGGCCGUCCGCGCGCGACGGGACCAGCAGCAUGAGCAGCGGCUACAGCAGCCUGGAGGAGGACUCCGAGGACUUCUUCUUCACCGCCAGGACCUCCUUCUUCAGGAGAGCGCCGCAGGGCAAGCCCCGCGCCGGCCAGCAAGAUGUGGAGAAAGAGAAGGAAACCCACAAUUACCUCAGCAAAGAGGAAAUCAAAGAGAAAGUUCAUAAAUACAAUUUAGCAGUCACCGACAAGUUAAAGAUGACCUUGAAUUCAAAUGGGAUUUACACUGGCUUCAUCAAAGUACAGAUGGAACUCUGCAAACCUCCACAGACUUCUACCAGCCCUGGAAAACUCGCUCCUGGUAGCAAUGGCUGUGUGAACACGCUUCAUAUCAGCAGCACAAACACUGUCGGGGAAGUGAUUGAGGCCCUGCUCAAAAAGUUUCUUGUGACUGAGAGCCCUGCCAAGUUUGCACUUUAUAAACGUUGCCACCGGGAAGACCAAGUCUAUGCCUGCAAGCUCUCAGACCGGGAACAUCCACUCUACCUGCGGUUGGUAGCAGGGCCCAGAACAGACACACUUAGUUUUGUUCUUCGUGAACAUGAAAUUGGAGAGUGGGAAGCCUUCAGCCUUCCAGAACUACAGAACUUCUUGCGCAUCUUGGACAAGGAAGAAGACGAGCAGUUGCAGAACCUGAAGAAGCGCUACACAGCCUACAGACACAAGCUGGAAGAAGCCCUCAGCGAGGCGUGGAAGCCCGAUUAAAGCGCAGGGCUCCCUGCCAGGAAGGUGCAGUGCGGGACCCAUGGCCGAAACAGCGGCGAGUGCCUCUUCUCGGAGGCCACUUUCUUGCCCCAUGAUGAUAGGGUCAUCCCCCUUUUAUCUCUAAAUUUAGUUCCCAAAACCUGGUCCUGCAGCAUCUUGCACCUUACACAUCCCGCCUAAGGGCCUUUGCAAGCUUGCUCUGUUACAGCACUGCCUGUUACCUCUCGGCAAGCUGUGAACCUGUAGUCUCAUCAAGAGUGUUCUAGAAUGCUUGGAAGCAUAAACUCUGGGGGGUUGUUUUUUUUUUCUUAUUUUCUUUUAGCUAUUUUAAUUAUGUGAUAAUGAUGUUAAGCUUAAGGGUGCGCAAAUGAUAUUUUAAAAGCUUAACAAGGAAUCUCUGAAUACUUGUCCUAUGUUGAAACUACCUGUUUUUUGUGUUUUUUUUUGGUCAGAAGAUUCUGUCCAUGUGAAUUGAAAGGCACAGAAAUCUAGGAACUGUGAGGAAUUUGUGAAGGAUUUUGUAGGGGUUUGACAAAGAAAGUGAAGAGCACGUUGGAAGAAGGCGCGUGCAGAGGUGGCGAGCUCCUGAGGCUGGGGAAGAUAGAGGAGAAGGGCGUGUUUGCUUGUGAAUGAGUUUAAAGCUUGCAGUGUUGAAAUGUUAAACCCAUUUUAGGAUUGCUUGACUUCCUGGUGGGUAAAAUGUGGGAACAGAGCCAAAGAGGUGGAGCCGAACCAAAAGGAGGGGACCCAUGAAGUCCGCACCUGACCGGAGAAUCAGGCAGGGGGAUCUUACAAACCGAGACGGAGGUGGGCCUCACGCAGCUGGAUCUGACCUCCUGUUUUCCUCUUGCAGUGGAAGCUACCGAGUGGUGUAGCUUCUCAGUAUAGGCAGGGGAAUGGCCAUUUGCUGACUCCUGUUAAGUUAUAUAUGUAGUUUUUCCCCCAGAGGUUGUUUUCAAAGUUGAAAAGGAUUUUGGGCAGGGGCUUUUCCUUUGACUGUCAGCUAGGAGGUUUAUCAAGUAAAGGGCUCACGGCACACUUUUGUGACAGUCACUCCCUGUUAUUCCUCCCUUUCUUUCCCUUGUCUUCUUUUGCGCUCCCUACUCCCUUCCUUCCCUCUCCUCACUUCUUUUCUUUCUCCUUUUCUUUUAUAAGGUGAAGUCUGUUCUUACACAGUGUAGAACACGGAUAGUGAUUAAAGACCCCAUGCUACCAGAUCCUCAGUUCUAAAGGAUGACUAGGCUGUGAGUACAAGGCCCCACGAAAGAAAGUCCACACAUCCAGCUGACCACACAACAGGGUUUCAUUAUGAAAAUAUUAUUACAAAAGUGCAUGUUUAACCAAAGAAAUGAGUGUGCAAUAAGAAGCCUUCCAUGAAACUGGCGAACUAACCUCAUUUUUUGCAGCAACUUAUCUGAGAAUAGAGGGAAAGGUGUGCUUUGGUUCCAGAUGGGCCUUACAGUCUAUUUUUAGUCUAGAUAUUUUUUGUUUAUAAAUUCCCACGGAAUUGUUAACACUUUGGUGACACCUAAUGGAUUCUUUUUGAAAUUCCAAGGUGCUUCAGUUCUUUGCCUCUUAAGGGAUCUGUGCCUUUUAUUGUAUUUCUGUUCCUCUCUUGGUGGCUCUUCUGACUUUUCGGAGAAUACCCAUCUUGUUGGAGGCAGAUUUAAGUGUUGCUUAUGCUGUGCCACGUAAGUUACUGAGACAAUCAUAUCUUCCUAAGCUUUUAAGGAAAGAAAAAAAAAAGUAGAACUAGCUAUAAAAUAUGUAUGGCACAUCUUGUUUAAUUUUGCAUGUAACUUCUUUUUAGUGCAUUGGUAAGGUUUUAGUGACAUUGUCAUCCAACACUUUACCUUUAUUGUUCAGGGAAUGCCUUCACGAUUUUUAUACUGGUUUUACUAUUCAGACUGUGGCUUGGGUUUGAAUGGACUGCUAUCAACCACCUGGUCUUGUAAUUACUCAUGCCAGUAAAUUUAUAUUUUGUGAAACAUUUGUUUCUCAGAUUAAGACACUGUUAGAACCUAAAGUAGUAGCUGAUGGGUAUCUGUGAAUUUUUUUUUCUUUUUUUACUUGAAGUAGACUGUCUAAAAUAGCCAUCCUCAUCUAUUUUUGUCCAGAACUUUGCUGUCAUGUGCACUACAAACUGCGAUUUGGAAAACUUACUGUAUUGAAAUUCUGUCAGUUCAUGGUUCUUGAAGACUGAUGUUCUCUCCCAAACACUGGUUACUGCAGUAGCAUUUUUAGUGUGUAAGAGAAGAAAAAAGGCCACUAAGGCCAAAGAUUUUUAAAAAUCAUUGUACCAAUCCUUAUGUUAAAUGAAACUGUCUAAGCUUUGCUGUAAUACUGUUUUCUCUUCAGUAUGUGAUGGUACAGGAAAGAUGUUAAAUGAAGGGGUAGUAUUGCAGGGGAGCAUUUUAAAUUUCAUAAGUAAAAAGUUAUAAUAUUUAUAAUUAUGAUGUGUUUGUUUAUUUUUGUAGGGGAGAUUUUUUUCUCCCCUAAAAUUGCUUCUGGAAU